UAGUAAGGAACCUCCAAACAGAACACUGGAGAGCCGAGAGAGUGAGAUAGACCUGCUGGAGAAAGAUUUGUUUGAGUGCCGCGAGAUAAUAUAUAACCAAAUGAGACAGCGAAAUCUCAGGAUACCAAAGAGAAGAACAUGUCAGCAGAAUUAACAACACUGAAGGGCGAGUGUGACCGACUGAAGGACUGUUGUGCUAACCUCAGGGCAAAAGAACAAGAAACUAGAGCAAUAUUGAAGAGUACUCAGGAAGAGCUUACUGGUACCCAGGAUUAUGCCUCUAAAGUAAUGAAGAAGCAGGGCACGGAGAUAGCCGACUGCUCUUCGGCCAUAGAUGAGCUUCUUGAGAACAUGACGGGUGUGCUAGCAAACCUGAGCAGGAGGGCUGGAAUAGAGAACAAGGACGUUGAGAACAGUCAAGUGGUCAUUAAUAAUUCUACAUUGAACAAAGAGCCGUUGAAAGACAAUACGAAUAUUUCAAUCUCCUUGGUUUCUCAGAUUCUGAAUGCAGCAAACAGUCUUGGAGAAAAUAUUGAAGAUGCCACUAGGAGCAAUGAAGAUCAAGAACAACAGACUGGUUGUGAAAAUAAUGAAAAAACUAAUAAACCUCCUCCGAAUCCUGUAGAUGCUCUUUCAUGUGAACAAGGAGUGGUAGACAGUCCAGGUGCUCUGAGUAGAAAGAAGCUUGGCUUUUCAGGAAAUAGUGCUUUUGCUCCAGUUAAGAAAUCUGUUACAUUAAAAAACUGCACAGUCAGUAGAAAACGAUGUGUCGACCAGUUGUCAUUCUAG